UAAUUUAGAUGUGUUGUAGGUCGUAUAUUUAACAUGUGUCUGAUGUGUCGCGUUAUAAAUAAUUUAAUGUGUAGAAUUGUAGAUGUGAUUGCAAACGAAAACUAAAAUAACUCGUCGUCGGAGCUGUUAUUAAUCCAUCAGGUGUAUAACUGUAUACCUAUUUUCCAAGUACUACAGUAAAGAAAAGGGAAAGUUCGUCGUAAAUUAGUUGAUUACUUAAGUUAAGUAGCAGCUCGAGAAAUCGAGUGUUAAAAUGCUCAGUGGCUGGAAAAUGAGGGAAUUCAAGCUCACCUAACGGGAAAUGAUUUUUGACACUUUUACUUUGUCUGCCCGACUGUGCAGUGUGGGUUCUCUUAGUAUGUGAUGUCUUCUCCCGAAAUUCUUGUUUCACUUUGUGUAAUUCGUAUCGAGAUCAGGGACUUUGAUCUGCCCCCAAAGGACGCAAGUGCAAUGGAAAGGAAGAACAUGCAAGGCUCCAGAGAGCCCAGGGAUAUAACUGUAGAAACUUAUUCAGAUCCAAAUGAGAGGCCUUUGCCCAUACUGCCUCAAGGUUCUGGAGUUACAAGCAAGUCUCAUUCGAUCUCAAGAGAAAAUUCGGAGGAAAAAUCUUACGCUGCAGCAGUUUCAGCCUCAGCCUCGAACAUGGAUAGCUCUGCUGGUGCAGCUGCUGCUUGUAAUGUAGCUUCGGACCAAAUCAAUUUCAUCUCUGGAAAUCCCUUUGUAGAAGUCAGCAAAGGCAUAUUGCACCUUUACAAGGAAAACACACUCACGGAGAUGCGUUCAGCUGCCAAUCAAAGUAACACGAUUUGUAUACUCUCUGUUCCUGCAAACAUGACCUGUCAUGACUUAAUGAUGUUUACUGCUGCGUGUCAUCAAAAUAUUCAGUAUUUUAGAAUCAUUAGAGAUGGAAAUCCCAACCAUUAUAUGGCUCUUUUAACUUUUCGUUCAUUGACUGCUGCUAGCGAAUUUUAUGAAACAUUUAACGGAGCUGCUUACAACUCAUUGGAGCCAGAAAUCGUUUGUCACAUGGUUUUUGUUUCCAAAGUCGAAACUGCUGAUAAUGGUUUUCCACUUUCUGGACACACUGAAUUACCAUCGUGUCCAGUGUGCCUAGAAAAAAUGGAUGAAAGUGUCGAUGGAAUAUUGACUAUACUGUGCAAUCAUACUUUUCACGCCAGCUGUCUUGUCAAGUGGGGUGAUACAUCCUGUCCCGUAUGCCGUUAUGCUCAAACUCCAGAACCAAUCGCAGACAGUCAUUGCAUGGAGUGUCCUGGGGAUUCGACUAAUGAAGCACUAUGGAUUUGCCUGAUUUGUGGACACAUUGGUUGUGGUCGGUACGAUCAAAGCCAUGCAUUCGAGCAUUAUAGUGAUACACAUCAUUGCUACGCAAUGGAGUUGGGAAAUAAUAGAGUGUGGGAUUAUGUUGGUGAUCACUGGGUUGACAGGCUAUUACAAAAUAAAGAUGGCAAGAUGGUAGAAGGAGGCCAAGAGUCAUCCAAAGGUGAAAGAACAGCUGUUGAUGAAAAGGUUGAUUCUGUACAGUUGGAGUUCUCUUACAUGUUGACCUCACAACUUGAAUCGCAGAGAUUGUACUUUGAAGAAUUAGUUGCUAAAGUGGAACAGAGAAAUGCUAGUGAUAUAAGAGAGCUAACUGAACGAGUUGAAAAAAUUACCGAGGAAAAUUCUAAGCAAAAGAACCAGUUGGCAGCUCUAACUCGAGAAAAACUAGCAAUUGAAAAGAAGCUACAACAUUCAAACGCUAAAUUAACACAAAUUCAAGCUCAGCUAGCAGAAGAAAAAGAACUCAGGAAGGCACUGCAAGAUAAUCAAACAUCUUGGCAAAUCAAGCACAAGCAGUUACAAGAUGAAAUGAAUGUUUAUAAGGAGAAGAAGGAAACAGAAAUAAAUGAGUUAAACGAGCAGUUACGCGAUCUCAUGUUCUUCUUAGAGGCGCAGAAGCAGAUUGAAAACUCGGCUGAUAAAGAAGAAAUCGCAUCUGGUCGGAUUGUUAUUGAACCGAGUUCAAACAAUCCCAAGUCCAAUCAACCAAAGAGCAAAAACAAAAGAGAUAAAUAAUAAUGUCUUUUUUGUACUGUGAGCACUUCGUGAAUUAUUGUUCAACGACUUUUUACUUGUGAAAUGUUAGUUUUUUAAUCGUAAAACCGUAAAUAAAACGAAUAAUUUUUAA